AUGGUAGGGGCCGUAGAGGGGCUUGAGCUGAGUCCUUCACAUCUGAUACGAUUCCAAAUUUGGACACUAGUGAGAUCGGUGUCCCCUAUUACAAAGACUAGAUUCGGGACUGGGUCUCAUGAUCGUGUGGCUAGGGACAACGCACAGUCCCAACCCAUGCUACGAAUUUUAGAAAGGGUCGCUGGGCCCAAUACUAGUUCUGGUGGCCGUGGGUCGGUUACGGAACGACUCCGGUCCAACGGGGCUGAGAAGCUCAAGGGGGCUGUUUCAUUGCUUCACGAUGAAGCGUAUCAGUGGUGGCUGAAGGCUAGGGAUGGCACUCAGCCUGAUCAGUUGGCAUGGGAUCUAUUUAAGACGGUUUUCCAGAGUAAGUAUGUGGGGGCCAACUAUAUCGAUGCUAGGAGGCGUGACUUCCUGAAUCUUACUCCAGGAGAUCGUUCAGUGGCCGAGUAUGAGGCCAAGUUUCUGAGGCUGAGCCGUUAUGCACGAGGCAUGGUGGCGACAGAGUAUGAGCGUUGUGUCCAUUUUGAGGACAGUCUUAGGGAUAACUUGAGGAUAAAGCGUAGGAAAAAGGCAAGGUCUGAUGGGCCCGUAAGAGUUGGGCCUACUAUUGCACCGACCGGGGAGGUGAUUUGUCAGCUCAGCAAUAGACGGCAUUUGGGUGAGUGUUGGAGGUCUACUGGAGCCUGUCUUAGAUGUGGGUCUACUGAGCACCAUGUUAAAGAUUGUCUAUUGAGGACUAAUCAUAUGCAAGCUCUAACUAUUGAGACUGCACCACUGCCGAGGGUAGUUCAGCAACCACUUAGGGGCCGAGGUCAGCUAGGGGUGGUAACGGCAUGGGCUGAGGACAGAGAGAACCGGGUAGAGGUGCUGGCCAAACUGAGGCGAGGCUCUACACAUUCUUACAUAGCUAGUACAGUGUCUGAGACCUUGGGGUUACCGUUAGAGGUCCAAGGGACUGUAUUUCUGGCUGAUCUGAUGGAGCUUCCAUUUGGGGAGUUUGACCUGAUUUUGGGUAAGGACUGGUUAGUCAAACACCGAGUGAAUCUGGAUUGCGCUGUAAAGAGGAUUGUUCUAAGAACCGAGAAGGAUAUUGAGGUGGUCGUGUUUGGGAAACGAGGAGAUUAUUUGACUAAUGUGUUAUCUGCAUUAGUGGCGGAGAAGUUAGUAAGAAAGGGGUGCGAGGCAUACUGGGCUUAUAUUAGUGUUGUUGAUUCUGGGGACUCUUCGGUUAAGGAGAUCCGAACAGUGAAAGAUUUUCUAAAUGUUUUUUCAAAAGAACUACAGGGAUUACCUCCAAAUCGUGAGGUAGAAUUUGGGAUUGAGUUGUUUCCGGGUACAGCUCUGGUGUCCAUCACCCCUUAUCGAAUGGCACCAAAAGAGUUGACUGAACUUAAGGCUCAGAUUUAG